UUUCCUCUUUUUUUUUUUUUCGUUUGCUUCAUCUCCCAGAGUGAAUCAACGGAAACCCCAGCCUUUGAAAAGUUUUCUCCUUUUGAGUUAACUCAGUUAUAUUUGGACCUUUCUAAUUUCACCAGAAUAGGUAAGGUUCGUGUUCAAUCUCCAAUGUUUUCUGAGUAUAUUUCUCUACCCACAGAAAUAUACUCUGGAAAAAAAUAAAUAAAAGAGGUUCCCGUUCCUCCUGACCACUGAGCAAGAGAGUAUUCACACAUGGGGCUAGAAGAAUCUCAAAGUAAAGAAGGAGGUGAGCAUUCCCAGCGGGUUCCUUGGAUUAUUGCUGUUGUUCUCAUUGCACUUCUCAGUGCCUGCUUUAUUGCAAAUUGUUUGGUGACUCAUCACAGCUUUUUACGCUGUAAGGGAGACAUGGGAAUGCACAAGUUACCAGAGUACCAUACAAAGCUCACGUGCGUCAGACAGACAUCAGAACUGAAAGGGAGCACCUGGAAUUGCUGUCCCGUUCUCUGGAGAGCCUUCCAGUCCAGCUGCUUUCUUCCUCUUAAUGACAACAAGACGUGGGCUGAGAGUGAAAGAAACUGUUCAGGGAUGGGGGCUCAUCUGGCGACCAUCAGCACAGAAGCUGAACAGAAUUUUGUUAUUCAAUUUUUGGAUAGACAGUUCUCGUAUUUCCUAGGACUUACAGAUGAGAACACUGAAGGUCAGUGGCGCUGGGUGGACCAGACGCCAUUUAACAUGCACAUGGUGUUCUGGCAUAAGGGUGAACCUAACAACUAUAAGGAAGAAAACUGUGUUGUUCUUCUUUAUACAAAAGAUAAAUGGGCCUGGAAUAAUAUUCCUUGUAACCUUGAGAGGUACAGAAUUUGUAAGAUACCUGCAAUGGCAUUGAACUAGAAACUCAUGAAGUGGUCCUUAUAAUGGAGACAGAAAAGAAGAACCAAUUAGAAAUGUACAUGCAUCAUUGGAAUAGAGAAAGCUAUUCUACUCUGGGUCAUAGAAUAUUUUUUAAUAUUUAUUUUUGUUCAAUUUAUUCAAGAUAAUGUAUGUGUAUAUGUGUCUAUGUGUGUGUGUAUGUGUCUGUCUGUCUCUGUGCAUGUGUUAAGAUAGCAAAUGUGUGUGGUGCUUUGGUGAAAGGAAUCAUCUUCUGUGGAAACCAGCUUUUAUUAUCUUUGUUUUCUUGAUGGUAUUUCCAGGUAUUUUUCAAUUGGUAUGUAUUGAUUAUUUUUCUAACAGAAUGACUUGAAAUUUGUCACUUUCCAUCUGCUCAGAUUCUUAGCUUUUAAAAUUCAAAGGUAGGAUAUUGUAACUGGUAGUAGUGCAUCAUUUAUUUAAACCCAAAUAUCACAAAUACUUUAAAGAUUUUAAACAUUUUUAUUGUUUGAUGCUUCAUUCUCAGACUUUUUAAUAAUAUCAGUUAUAAUAAUUAUAUUCACAUUCCAUGAGCAACAUUUUUCCGGAUCAACACUAUAGGUAGUUAUGAAUUAUGGUAUUGCACGUGCACAAAAAAAUAAGUUCAUAUAUCUUUUUAAAAAAUUUACUUCUGUCAAUACAAGUGGUUCGAUGAAAUAUAAAAUAAAUUAAAAAAAAAAUUUACUUCUUACUUCACCCUAAAUAUCAUCUCAAAGCAGAAAUUCUCAAGCUGGCUUAACUUGUUUUUUAGUAGCAAAGUCCUUUGCAGGCCACCUUAACCAAACUCCUUAAAUUCUUUAGCUGAGAAAAUGAAAUUCUUGGGUUCACUUCACACUGCUAGCUCAUGGCAGAACAGAACUACAGCCCAGAUCUGUGCUUCAUUAGUGAGGAAAUAUAUUCCCUUUGGUAUUACAGGACAGUUACUGGGGAUGAUUUGGCCUCUUGGCUAACAGAUAAAUACAAUUUCUUAAUUAUUUGAGGUAACGUUGUAUUAAUAUCAGCACCCUCAUUUUAAUUUGAAUCGGAAAGAAUCACAUUUUCAACUCAUUUAUAUAAGUUGUUAACAUAAAGCUACAGUUCAAAAUAGCAAGGAAGUCAUUGUUUUGACAACCAGAAAUGAUGCUUUUCUGAUAUAUGUGAUGUUGAUUGUGAAGCAGUCAUAUUCAACUUUACCGGAAUAUGGUGGUUGUUCUUAAAAUUCUUAAUUUGCUGAUGUUUUGGGGGGAUUAGGUUUGAAAAACUUCAAGCAAUAGCUUUUAACCUAAAUUUCAAGCAAUUGCUUUUAACCUAAUUUUUAUACCACUGUUUUUAAAGAUAGUAUUUACUUUGUAAGUUAGUCAUUGAUUUUCUGGGUUUGGAAUAUUGAUGUUUGAUUAUGUGUGGUGAUGUGUGUGUGUGUGUAUGUGUGUGUGUGUGUGUGUGUGUGUGUGUGUGCGUGUGUGCCUGAGUUUAAAGCUGAUACUUUUAACUGAAACGGUGCUAAGUAACUAAUUGUUUGUAAAAUUCAUUAAAUCACAUAGCACAAAACCUGUUGAAAUAACCAUGUAAAUGCUAGUGGGCUUUGUAUAGUUAAUAUUAUCCAUUUUAAAUUGUAUAAAACUGUAUAUAGAGAUUCUGCUGACAAUAAAAUGUGAUAUCUUUUUUAUUUUA